AUGGAUUGGUCUGAUUACUUCAGCACGUACAUGCAGCUGCCUGGGACAAUAAAGGAGGGUGCCUUAGUAUAUGAAUAUUCUGUGAUAGCACAAGACACAAAUGAAAUAUUCCUGGAGGAGACUGUAAUAAGACAAUUAUGGCAGGAUACUAAACCAAAGGAAUCUGUGGUAAUUAAGGGUUCAAAGUAUCUUUAUAUUAAGGAUAUUGUUGAUGAACAAGAUGGGUACUCUAUAAGUUUAUAUCAAAAAGUAAAGUCAGAAGGAGAAGAUCCAGAAGAAGCAAAUGGAUUAUUUUCUGCCAGGAUGGAUACUUUAUUAUGGGUGGGUACGUUUAAUAAUAACCAGAAGACGCAGGUUAUUUCAUUUGUGGAGCCAAUUGCCUCACACAUAUUCACGCAUAUAGUGCAAAAUGAGGAGUAA